AUGGAGAGACCUCGAGGACGGGCUAAGAAGCGCUUUCUGUGGGACAUGGGGCUCUCCCGUCUGCCAUGGCUGGUGACCUUGCUUCCUGCCAUCGCCUCCGCUUAUCAGCCUGUAUACUUCGGCUCAUCGCCCUUCCUCCCCCCCCAGAUCCCUCUGGCAGACCCGCCCUCUCCCUCGCUCUCACGCACCCAUGAAUUCUCUCUUCGCCACAUCUUCCACCGAGGAACCGAUCAGGACCCUGGCCUCCACCAGAGGCUCGACAUCAAACCACACACUCGCCUUAGGGCGAUCUCGGAGGAUGGGAUCGAAUCCGAAGCUGCUAUACUCGGCUCACCGCUGCUUGCUUCCUCCCAGCCGCUCACGAUCGAACGGCUUGCGGAUCGACGCCCCUUCGUCAUCGAGGAGCAUUUGAUGACUGCAAGAUCGUCCGGGUCGGUGGCUUCCCUGUCACCUUCCGAUUGGGUCAAAGAUACACUGGCCGGUCCCAAUAUCACGGAAAAGACAACUGUCGUCACUCUAGCAAUGAUGACCGCAAAUGACUAUAUCGAAGAACCGGGUACGGGCGAUUGGCGGGACGUUCAUGGCCGCUUCAACCAUUCAGGAAGUUUUGGGUGGCAAACCGACGGGCUCCGAGGUCAUGUUUACGCCGACCAAACCAACAGCACGAUUGUUAUAUCCCUAAAAGGAACGUCUCCCGCUUUAUUUGACGGCGAGGGCACUACCACAAAUGAUAAGGUUAAUGAUAACCUUUUCUUCAGCUGUUGCUGCGGCCAGGGAGGCUCCUACCUCUGGCGCCAAGUGUGCGACUGCCAGACCACCUUAUAUACUGCAAAUUUAACGUGUAUCACCGAGGCAAUGCAAGAUGAAAACCGGUACUAUCGCGCCUCGCUUGAUCUAUAUUCAAACAUUACCGAGCUGUACCCAGAUGCCAAUGUUUGGCUAGCAGGCCACUCUCUGGGCGGUGCAAUGGCCAGUCUACUUGGACUGACCUUCGGAUUACCAGUUGUCACCUUCGAAGCCGUUCCAGAGGCACUUCCAGCAGCUCGCUUAGGACUUCCAAGCCCCCCGGGGUAUGACCCACGGUUCCCCCAGGCACGCCAGUAUACCGGGGCCUACCAUUUCGGACACACGGCGGACCCUGUUUACAUGGGAACUUGCAAUGGUGUCAGCUCGGUUUGCACUUGGGGUGGCUAUGCCAUGGAAUCCGCAUGCCACACCGGUCAGAUGUGUGUCUAUGACACCGUCGAAGACAAGGGCUGGCGUGUUGGAAUGAAUAAACACCGUAUUAACUUCAUCCUCUCGGAUGUUCUCGCUGGCUACGACGAUGUUCCUCCUUGUGCCCCCGAAGAGGAAUGCUAUGAUUGUCAGCUAUGGAAGUACUUUCGCAGCAACGGCUCCGAGAUCACUACCACCACCUCAGCCACGUCCACCUCGACUUCGAUCACCAGCACCAGAACAGAAACCUGUAAGACUCCGGGAUGGUGGGGCUGUUUAGACAAGACCACCACUACUGAAGCAACUACCACUUCCACCUCGACAACAACAACAACAACUUGCAAGACCCCCGGCUGGUUUGGUUGCAAAGACUUAACGACCACCGCUGACAUCACCUCCCUACCUACAAUCACCACCACGGAACAUCCGGUAACCUCCACCACCACGACCUGCCAAAGGCCCGGCUGGUUCGGCUGCAAAGACUACACAACCACCGCAACCCAGACACUCCCACCGCAAAUAACCUCAAAAUGCGAAACACCCGGCUUGUUCUGGGGCUGCCGGGAUCACGAAACCGCCAACAUCCGCACCCAUACCAUAACUCCUGCUCCGGCCCCCCCUCGCUAAACACAAAGACUUAUAUAAAGAAGAAAGAUUGGAAAGAACGGCAAGAAGUGUCGAUCUAACAGGCUCCA